AUGGCCGCGGGUUACGAUCUGGAUUUGAGCUCAAUAGCCGAGUACAAAUUCCAGGAUCCACCGAGCGACAAGCCGCAAUGGCUGGCUCUGGCACAGGCCGUCUUCAACACGCAAGCUGCUCGAUGGGACACCCAGGAGUGCGGUGGAGGGCUCCGCUGGCAGGUCUUCACUUGGAACCAGGGCUACGACUACAAGAACUCCAUCUCCCAGGCAUGCUUCUUCAACAUCGCCGCUCGCUUGGCUCGGUACACAGGCAACCAGUCAUACGCAGAUUGGGCGGACAAAACGUGGGAUUGGAUGGUCUCAUCCAAGUUCAUGGAUACGCAGACUUAUUACAUUUACGAUGGCGCGCACACACGAAACUGCUCGGAAAUCACUCCUUACCAAUGGACGUAUAACAGCGGUGCCUUCCUCCUAGGCGCCGCAGCCAUGUACAACUAUACCACCGGCAGCACUCAAGAGGUCUGGCGGAGCCGGGUUGAUGGUCUUAUCAGCGGCCUUGGUGUCUUCUUUACAGGUCCGCAACGGAACAUCAUGACAGAAGUCGCCUGUGAGCCCGUCAACCUUUGCGAUCUCGACCAACAGAGCUUCAAAGCCUAUCUCUCACGUGCCAUGGCUGCCACAACAAAGUGGGCUCCCUGGACAUAUUUCCGCAUCAAGCCUCUGCUUGAAUCCACCGCCAUCGCUGCCACAUCUACGUGUGUUGGCGGCACCAAUGGUCGCAUGUGCGGCCUCAAGUGGACGGAACAUGGCAAGUGGGACGGCACAACGGGAGUCGGUCAACAGAUGGCCGCAAUGGAAAUUGUUCUAGCCAAUAUGAUCCAGCGAGUCGCCGCUCCUGUUACUAACCAUACGGGCGGCACGAGCAUGGGCGACCCCGGAGCCGGCGGCGGUGAUGUUGGUAGGACGGAUCCAUUUAGCAAUGGGCCGCCUAUUAGCACUGCCGAUCGAGUCGGUGCAUGGAUUAUCACGGCUGUCAUGAUCUUGGGACUGGUCAGCGGAUGUAUCAUGAUGGUUCUGGACGAGAAGAGUAACCUGACUACCUGGCAACGGCUUUCGACUCUCCGUCCGGACGUCCUCUACGCAUGUAGCAAGCACUGGCGGUCCGGACAUGGGAAGAACGGCUGCGGCGGUCAUGGAGUCAACGGCCAUUACGACUGUAACCGAGCACGCUUCGACAUCGAUGACACAUGCGCUUUUCAGAGCGAAUACUACGAUGGUGGCUACGGCCACAUUGCUGAUGUGAAGGAGAAAGACACUGUGAUCGAAAUACAUCACGAGUAUGCUGACAACAGACACAGCUGGCACGGAGUUCCUCCACCGCCACCAACUUCUCAACCUUCAGCUCGCCAUUCAUCUUCGACAACCUGUGUCGCAAGCAGAAAUGGAAGUAAAGGAAGCGGCAUUGGGGACGAUAGGAUGCCCCCGGCCAAUAAGAACAUCAUCUCCAACCGUCUGAACCAUCUAAACCACCGCCGCAGUGUGCUUCAGAAACUGCAAGACCAGCAGCAGCAGAACAGAAGGCAGGCGCAUGUGCAAGUCCCGCAUACCCCUCUCCACCUUCAUCACCAUAAUCACCGCUUCCACGGCGACAUCGGGCAAACCCCUUACAGUGCCAGCAGCCGUUGCCACAACCAUCCCAGCACUCAGCCUUCGUAUUACUGGGACCUAGACAACACCAACGGCAUCGAUCCCGCGCGGCACGUGUCGCAGAUCUCGGGGAUGUCUGCGCUUCCUGGUGGUGUGUCGUCCUUGGUACCCGAUGGCGCAACAGGUUUUACACCCAAUCCCAAGCUUCAACUUGACCAGACCAGACCUAGGGUGGAGGAAGAAGCAGCGGGACAUAGAGUCAAGGUGCAAUUUCCAACUAGAUCGACCGCCGGGAAUGAAAAUGGCAAUGUCGCUAUCGGUGACAGGAUCAAUCACUGGAGGGAAGCGGAUAAGGAGAGAAGGGAGGCGAGGAAUAAUAGGAGUGGUGGGAAUCGGUUUGCAUGGGAGAGUAGUGAGAGUGUGUAUUGGAAAAGUUAA